UUUUUUUGUUUUCAUCUUUUUAACCUUUGGAACAGGGAUACUGCUGCCCAGCUGGGCUCCACACACAGUUACUUUGCUGCUACAACAGCAGAUAGAUACAGUCUGGACAUGCAGUGAGUCUUUUUCCAUGGAGUGUUCUUAGUUGUUACAGAAAUUACCAAAACAAUAUUGAAUGUGGUAGUUGUUAUUACCUAAUAAUUGGUCUGAUGCAAACACAUUCCAUACAGGGUAGCAGAGAGGUAUGUUAGCCAGUGGUAAUGCUUCAAGAAACAAACCAAGCAUGGUAACGUGUAAAACAAUCCCUCCCACGAACAGAGGCUGAAGCAGCAGGGCAGUAACUCAUUUUUGGUGUUCUUCCACCUCUUUUUUUUGAAAGAUCUGCAUGGGUUUGCAAGGCAUCCUUUCUCCCUGGAGUGUCUGGGGGCUGUUCACAUGUGGAUGUUCACAGCACCAGCUCCUAAAGGAAUUUGAUCAUCUGCGUUGCAAGGUUGAAUUCUCCUAUCCUCCUCUAAAGCCUGGAGAAGGACAUGACAGCCACAGUUUACCAGAGGAAUGGAAAUACUUGCCAUUUCUUGCCUUACCGGAUGGUGCUCACAACUAUCUAGAAGAUACCGUGUUUUUCCAUUUGCCACCGAGAUGCGGGGAUCAAACCACAGUAUAUGGAGUCUCGUGCUAUAGGCAGAUUGAAGCAAAGGUGUUAAAAGUACGACAAGCAGACAUCACCCGAGAGACAGUACAGAAGAGUGUCUGUGUUCUCAGUCGGCUGCCUUUGUAUGGGUUACUUCAGGCAAAGCUGCAACUCAUUACACAUGCGUAUUUUGAAGAAAAAGACUUCUCAAAAAUAUCAAUUCUAAAGGAACUUUAUGAUCAUAUGAAUAGUUCCUUGGGCAGUACUUUGUUAGAAGGGUCACAAGUUUAUCUUGGUCUGUCUCCUCGGGAUCUUGUCCUUCACUUCAGACACAAGGUCUUGAUCCUUUUUAAAUUGAUUCUUCUAGAGAAAAAGGUGCUGUUUUAUAUUUCUCCAGUAAAUAGGUUGGUGGGAGCUCUGAUGACUGUCCUAUCACUUUUUCCUGGUAUGAUUGAACAUGGUCUUACUGACUGCUCACAGUAUAGGCCAAGAAAGAGCAUAUCAGAGGAUGCGGGCUUGCAGGAAAAUACGCCACGGUUAGAUGACUCUAUUUCUGUGUCUGCUGCUGAUGCUUCAAAUCCAAGCUUAGGAAUGGGAAAAGGAGGCAGGAAGAUGGCAGGAAACCAUACACGAGAGGGUCAAAAAGCAAAUGUGCCUUUUUCCCAAUCAGAGAAGACUUGUAAUGGAGCUCAAUCCUCCAAUGGUACUGUGCAGCACCUGAAAGUUCCUUCCCACGCUUCUCCAGCGUCUUCCGAGAGUGACUGGGAGACCUUAGAUCCUAGCAUUUUGGAGGAGUCUAAUUUGAAAGAAGGAGAACGUGAAAAUACAGCACCAGAACGGGCUGAAAAUCUUCCAAGCACAGGCAUGAGCUCAGAAAGCCUUCCAAUUACUGUGCAGCCCCAAGCAAAUACAGGACACACGGUGCUUGUUCCAGGACUGAUAUCUGGGUUAGAAGAGGACCAGUAUGGUAUGCCACUGGCUAUUUUCACAAAGGGGUACCUUUGUUUGCCAUACAUGGCACUGCAGCAGCAUCAUCUCCUGUCAGAUGUUACGGUCCGUGGCUUUGUUGCGGGAGCCACCAAUAUCCUGUUCCGUCAGCAGAAACACCUGAGUGAUGCGAUUGUGGAGAUAGAAGAUGCUCUUGUACAAAUCCAUGAUCCAGAACUCCGUAAGAUCCUGAACCCAACCACUGCUGACCUACGUUUUGCAGAUUACCUGGUGAAGCACGUAACUGAGAACAGAGAUGAUGUUUUCCUUGAUGGCACUGGAUGGGAAGGAGGAGAUGAGUGGAUCAGGGCUCAGUUCAGUGCUUAUCUUCAUGCACUGCUUGCUGCUGUGCUGCAUCCAGACAAUGAAAAGACUUUGUCAGACUUUGGAACAGCAUUUGUAGCAGCCUGGAAAAAUACCCACAACUACAGAGUAUGGAAUAGCAACAAGCAUCCAGCUCUUGCAGAGGUGAAUUCUAGUCAUCCAUUCCAAGGACAGUACUCUGUGUCAGAUGUUAAGUUAAGAUUGUCACACUCUGUGCAAAACAGUGAACGUGGAAAGAAGAUUGGAAAUGUGAUGGUCUCUACUAGUCGAAAUGUUGUGCAAACAGGAAAAGCUGUAGGUCAGUCGGUUGGAGGAGCCUUCACAAGUGCAAAAUCAGCGAUGUCAUCGUGGUUUUCCACUUUUACACAGUCAACCCAAAGCCUCGGGGACUAAAUGGUUGUUUUGCACAAUGCUGCUGAACAUUUCAGGUGCAAUGCUUUCUCUGAGCUGUAAAAAAAGACCGCUCCAAAACAUAGGAGUGGAGAUGAACUACCCAGGACCAAAACAAGGUAUAUGUUGCUUGCAAGCAGACAUGGAAUUGUUACCAUUCAGUUUCAGUAAAGUACAGAAGAAUGGUGAAUGUCUCCAUACAGUGGGAUGGCACUUGCAGUAUAUUCAUUGUAUUUUAAAUGACUACUUUUCUUUAAAACUGAGCCUUUAUAAAGACAUUAGCAAACAGGGCUUGUUGGCAAGCCAAAUAUGUUUGACUUUAGAUUUGUACAUUUUCUUGGAUGUUGGAAAUAUUUAUGUAACCUAGUUAUAUUUUUCAAUCCAGAUAACCAAAUGAUUGUGAAUUCUUGAUAGAAAUGAGCAGAGUAUAAAUACUGCUUCCUCUUUCAGGUUAGAGUUGAGAGCAUCUCUGCAAAAGUAUACGGUGGAAACCCUUAAAAGGGUUCCAAGCCAGGUGGAACUUUAUUGCCAUCACUGGCAAACUAAAAUCUGCAGGGUGCAGAGUAAGUCUGUGGCUGACUUAAGGGUUUUUUUCCUUUCUCCUCUGUAGCCAUGAUCAGUUGUUUGCGUUAAUCUGUCUCUAGCUUUUUCUUUGUGUCCCCAAAUCUGUGUGAUAGUUGCAAAAUCGAUGUUUUCUUGCUGUUAUGCAGUAGGCCUUCAUAACCUUGUGUAUGUUUUCGGCUGUGUUUCUACCCUGGGACAUGAAUGAAUUGCACUUGGAGAGAUCUUCUCAGGAAAAGUAUUACAAAACGGUUCUCCCAAAUUGGGAUUGGAUCAUAGACAGGUUUGUGAGGCCUUACUCUGUUAAGAUGUAAUUAUACCAUCCAAUGUAGUUACAUACAUAUGAAUUCAAAGUACUAAAACCACCCAAAGCUAGCACAGAAGCAAACCCUGCAUGGCUUUAUUUGUCUUUUUUUGCCAGUAAAGUUAUGAAGACUCUUCCAGACAAAAAUGAGCUGUAUCUGUUUUCUGUGUCGACUCAGGGAAUGUUCUGUUUGGAUAACUCCUUUUUUUCAUAAGGAAAUUAACAUUAGAAUUGAGAGAAUACCUGAAACAGCUCAGUUUGUAUCCUUGUGUGAAGAAAUACAAUAGCUUUUAUGAAAAUCUGUUGCAUAAGGCUGUAUUGCAUAUGUAACCUGCAUGUGGUGUCUUCUGUAUGCAAGUAUACUCCACUUCCUUUCCUGACUUGGAGAUCAUUUCCUGUUUCUUGCAAUGUGUUUGCCUUUCUGUGCCUUCUGACAUGAGGUAGCUGUUAACAUUUUCUACACUGCAUUGUCAAACGUUCUGGUUUUCUGUAGUAAAAGGCUCUUAGUUUAUUGCCUCAUCAGUAUCUGUCAGCAUUUUGCAUUGUUCUUUUCUGGGGCCAAGACUUCAAGUCAUGGUUACUUGUUCUAUUCCUCAAACAAAAUGCAGCAGCUGUACAAGAAAUAAACAAGGAGGCUUGAGUGUAAUUUUUUUUAAAGCAAUUAAGUUGUAAUUUCUUUAGAUCCAUUUGAAAAGCUAAUAGAAAAGCCACAUUGGCAUCAUGUAGUUACUGUCCAAAUUCUUAGUUUUCAGUUUUAUUGCUUCAAGCAGCCAUUCAGAAACACAGAAUCUGAUUUAAAGCCUUCAUUUUUUUUUUUUUCCAGGACAAACUAGAUAGAAUAAACGUGGAAAACCUGAGAGAAUACAGCUAGUUUGAGUAGUUUCAUUUGAGAAGCUCUACUAAUCUACUGCUUCUGAUAUACAAGUAAAAUAUAUCUAUAGAACUGCAACUAUUGCUCCUGGUCUCUGUGACUAUCUCCUAAAACAUGCUCUUUUCUAUUUUAUUCCACAACUCGGUAAUAGAUGUUUUUAUCUUUUCAAAGACUUAAGUAAUACUUGAUAUGCAGGAAGAGCUCUGGUGAAAUAAAUCUAGGGCUGCAUUUAUUCUUGAGUCUAGAGCUUUCUGAUUCAGCAUGCAGAUAAGAAAAUAAACUAAAAUAGUCACUUGCUUUUGUGAAAUGGCUGAGAUAUUAUCUGCUGUCUGGGAUUUAAGUGGUCACACUUCAUGUUGUAGUGAAGACAAUAAAAGUGCACAAAAGGAUUUAAGCACCUAUAAAAUGUAAUAUCAGCAAUUUAAGACACACUGGGUAAAUUUAGGUUGAAGAGCUCGUGAUAGUGAGUUCUAGGAGACAGGCAAGUGGUUGAUAUUUACUUGUACAAGUUACAGACAUCCAAGGACAGGACCUUCAAGGAUCUCGUCUCGAUAUCUGUCACCUCCUCACAUGAGUUUCUUUUGUAGACUUCUGCUAUGCCCAAAUUUGUAUAGCUGAUUUCUAGGUUCUUUGCAUUCGCCUUACUCACACAGACUCUUUCACUGGCCCAGAGAUAUUAGAAAGCUGAAUUUUUUUUAAUUGUUGGGGCUUGUUAGCAGAUUGAUCUGAGGAAAAGCAGCAUGAGGUGCCCUUUGCAGUGCUAAGCUUAUAAACAGCUUCGUGCUUCAUUGUACAGGGACUCUGUUACAAUACUUCACACUCUCCUGUAUUUCUCUUAUGGGCAAGAAAACCAGACAGACCUUUCUCUGCAGCCUUUUUCCCAUUGUCCCUGCUGUUUCUGUUGUGGAACCGGACAUACAACCUGAUUAAGACUAUUUCCCUCUCAUGCAGGCCUCCUCUUCAUUUAAUGGUUGUAACCUCUUUAGUUAAACCCAAUGCAAAUGCUAGUUGUUUUCCUCCCCUCUGUUUAAAAUUUCCAGUGCAAGCAUUAUUAUUCAGGAAUAUUUAAGCAGUUGACUUUCAUUCCAAAGCCCCUGACAUCCAUUUCUGCACUGCAAGAAACAGGGAGUCCUAAACAAAUUGGUGAUAAUGUCUCUAAUGAGUCAACUGUGAAGCUCCUGUUGCAGCUCUGUCAUGCUGUAUGUUGCAAAGGUAUUUCUGGCUGUCAAUGUGCAGCAUGAACUGACUGACAGAUAAUACGGUAAUGCACCUCUCAGCUUCCUGGUAUCAAAGGCAUCAGCUUCUGCUUUUUCUAUGUGCCAGCAUUUGAGGAUCUGCCAACUGAGCAUACAUACGAGAUGGAAGUCCCCAAAACUCUGCUGACCUACCAUUUCAUUCAGCUAAACUGUUCGGCAUUUUUCAUCAGUCAUUUCUCAUGUCAUAACCUUAAUUCCUGUGCACAUCUGACACCAGUUUCCUCUAGUAUCACAAUGUAAUGAUCACUUUCAGAUCAAUGCACUUGUUUGACCUUGUACAUCUGUUCUAAGCACUUUGUAAUUAAAUUUAGUAUUUUGCCUAAAGCUUCUGAUUUCCAUAGAAAUUAUUACUAAGCAGAGAAACUGAUGUGGCAGUGUUUAAUUGUGCAAGUGAAGGCAUGAAUGCAGAUUUUCAGCAUUGAAACUGUUGCUUGAUAAUUGAAAAAAUUGAAGUAAUGUAUUUGAAUUUUCUUCUGUGGCUUGAAAAAUAAAUACAUCCAGCCAGUGUCAAGUUCUGUCUGCUCAAAAAGCUGUAUUAUGUUAAGAAAGUAUUUCCACCAGAAGACACUUGCAAUCAUCUGGUUUUGAUAUCAGUAGCUGCUCAUAAUACACUGGCAGUGCUUUUGGAAUUUGUCUCGCAUUCAAACUGAUGGUGGAUGUUGCUCUUUGGAAAUGCAGGACAAGCGGAUCCUCUAAUGUGACUUGUUACUCCCUACUGGGUACUGCUUAUGACUGAAGCCUUCAGUAGGUCACAGACCUCUUAUGUCAGGAAGAACUUUAGGUACAACUGUAAACUUUUAAUGUAGAUUUAGCUAGGUAGUUCAUGUGAAUUGUGACAUCUCAUCAGAAUCAGGAUGUUGAGUAAAUUGAUUCCUGCACAUCCAGUUCUCUGCCCUGGUGAGCUAUUUUAAAGCUUUAAAACUUCUACUUCCACUGUACCUAGCUGAGAGUGAUUUUUGGUAAAUUGCUGUGUUUCCAGUAGGAGGAAACUAACUGCUUUGAGUAACAUUCAGGUGUGAGUUAGAUGAAGCUCAUGUCUAGAAAACAGUUGCAAUUCUUUAAAACUUGACAUUUUCUCUGAAGUGUAAGCAAGUAGCUGUGCAAACAAACACAAAUUUACAUCAUGUUGUUGAUGCAGUGUGAUUUUUAUUUUCUUGGAGGUAUUUAGUUUUCAUUAAAAAGGGCAACAUGGAGAGUAUUCAUAGAAGGCAGGAACACUAUGUUAUUUUACCAUGAUUAAAGAUGUAUGACAAUGUA